UAAUUUCUAACCUAAAAAUAUGUCGAAUGUUUCUAGCAUUUAAAAACAAACAUAAUGUCGGAUUUGGAGCUCCAAGAAGAAGAGCGAGAAGUUUUGUCUUCAAUUUACGAUGGAGAUGAAAAUUUUAAACAAAUUAAUCCCACCACUUUUCAAUACAAGUAUGGUGAAUCGGAUACGUUGAAGUCAUUUUUGAUUGAAAUUAAGUGGAUAGAAACAUAUCCGACUGAAUUACCAAUAAUUAACAUGGACACUUUUUACAAUAAGCACAUUGUCCAACCACUUAAAGAAAAAGUGGUGGAUUUGGUGAAAACUGAAGCAGAACAAUACUUAGGAAUGUCUAUGACCUAUUCACUAUUUGAAUUUGUCAAAGAAAUGUUUGAUGAACUGAUAAAAGAGCAACCAGAACAUGAAGAAACUCCAGAUGUUGAUAAACUAUGUAUUUCAGAUCCUAAUAAUCCACAAGAGACAAUAAAAAAGGAAAAGAAGGAACAACUCACAAAAGCGCAAAAACGGCGAGCCUGGAAUAGAACAGAUGCUAAAGGAGAAAAACCCAGAGGAUGGAAUUGGGUGGAUUUGGUUAAACAUUUAUCUCAAACUGGUUCCAAGGAUGAUACAGUUCCCAAUUCAUAAUAAUCUAUUUUUAUAUAAUAAAAUAAAUUUAAUAUUGUAUAAUAUGUAUAUUGUUUCAUGUAAAAUUUUUAUAAAAUAACUGGAUGGCUUUGAUGUUAA